GUUGUGGGUGACCUGAAGAUUUAUUGGCCCAUUUGAAGAUUUACCACGACGCGUUCAAUGGUUGAGUGAAUACUGAUCUUCUCAAAAUCGUGGAGGUGCCUCCUUGUGAAAUCCUUGAUCUGUAGAUACCUGAAGAAAUCUGAAGAAGCCUCCUGAGAUGUCGGGACUCUGCUGAGGGGCAACUUCCAGAAGCUGACCAAUCAGAGCAGAGUGGGCUCAUCGGGAGGGGAGCCUUAAAGUGACAGGAGCUAAAACGUCCUGUUUCAGAAGGAGGCUGAACAGAGGAGCUGCAUAAAGAACCAUCAAAAUGGAUCUUCAUGAUAAAGAUAUCGUCCCUGGAGAGAUUUUGCCUGUGGUGAUCAUUGGCAACGGCCCAUCAGGGAUCUGUCUGUCAUACCUGUUGUCAGGUUACACCCCCUACCUGUCACCUGAGGCAUCGCAUCCCAACCCCCUGCUGCACAGCAAGCUGGGAGAGCAACCUCACCUGUCGCUGCUGGAGCAGGAUCUGGAGUACCUGUGCGAGGGUUUGGAGGGCCGAUCGUCCAAUCCCGUGGCGGUGCUCUUUGAUUCGCUGCUGCUCCCCGACAGCGACUUCGGAUUGGAUUACACCUCUCCGUUGGCAUGGCGAUACGAGCCCGAGCGUGCCAUCCCUCACCUGGUGCUGGGGAAGGGUCCGCCUGGAGGAGCCUGGCAUGCCAUGGAGGGGUCCAUGCUAACUCUAAGCCUGGCUAACUGGAUGGAGCUUCCUGGACUCAAACUGAAGGACUGGAUGCGAGACAAACGCAGAAAUGUACGAAAUGACCGCGCCACACCGGCAGAGAUAGCCUCCUACUACCAACACUACGUUUCCCAGAUGUCCCUGGAGCAAAACUUUGCCUGCGGCACCACCGUCACCUCGGUAACCAGGCAGCCUGGCAACCAGGACGGGUCACGGCCAUGCUGGAGAGUGAAGGGACUGCAGCGCCGAGAGGGGGAGGAGCUGGGAGACGGUUCUUCAGUUUCAGAGGAGGUGCCUUUCUCCCUGUUGGCUCACAACGUGGUCCUGGCGACGGGGACCCACGACAUCCCCGCCAGGCUCGGCGUGGAGGGAGAGUCCCUGCCUUUUGUCUGCCACUCCUUCUGGGAGCUGGAGGCGGCCAUCUCUCGCGGAGAGCUCGACCAGUCUUCAGACCCCGUGCUGGUGGUCGGGGCGGGUCUUACGGCGGCUGACGCGGUACUGGCCGCCCAUCAUCUCAACACGCCUGUCUACCACGCCUUCCGACGCUCGGUCACCGACCCCGGCCUCAUCUUCAACCAGCUACCCAAAAUGCUCUACCCAGAGUACCACAAGGUUCACCAGAUGAUGACUCAGCAGCAGCACCGAGCAGAUCCUCCACCGCAGGGCCAUGCUCAGAACCUCCAUCACCACUCCACCCUUUCCACUCCUUCCUCCCUCUCUCCACCCUCGUCCUCCCCGUCCUCUUCCUCCUCAUCCUACCCGGGUUACCUCAGCUUCCCUCGCCACAGGGUGGUGGCGUUCCGCCCCGACCGGAAGUGCGUCCUGGAGUCAGACUCCGGCCAGCGGACGGUGGUCCAGGUCUCCAAGGCUCUGGUUCUGAUCGGCGCCCACCCUAACCUUUCCUUCCUGGCCGACAACGGGCGUCUACUGGGCGUCAAACCGAGGGAGCCGAUCACGUGCCGAAGGAACCCGAUUGAAGUGGACCCGUUUACAAACAAGGUGGUUGCGGCAGACGGGCCGGGCAUGUACGCCAUGGGGCCGUUAGUCGGCGAGAACUUUGUCAGGUUCCUGAAGGGCGGAGCUCUGGCUAUCGCUAGUGACCUCGCCAAGAGGCAAAGGGAGGGAGAAGGAAAAGGAGAGGAGGACAUCACUACAGACAGAUUAAUGGACAGAUGGGUGGACAAACAGGUGAACACACAGGCAGAAGCAGAUGUUUGCGUUCUGAGUUUGUAGCAGGUUUCCUGGGACUGGAGAGUUGAGUGGACUGAAGCAGACAGACACGGAUUGAGACGAAAAACAAGAAACUGGGCUCAACUUUAAAUCCUGGAUACUGGAACAGCUGCAAACAUACACUAUAGGUCAUGUUUUCCAGAAAUCAAAAGAGUAGAGAAAUUGAAGAAGCAACGAGUGGACUCCACGACUGAACUUGCACUGGUUUGGGUUUGAUAUCUUACUAGAUCUACUGUAGAUCUUCAGCCCUGAGGCACUCUGGAGGCUAAGAGGAGACGACAGACAUGCUGGAAAGAUCCUGCUGGAGAUGGAGGGAAAAAAAACGAGAAUGAGACAAAUGUAGCGGAGAAGAGACAGAUGGUGCGUUUUGGUUUGUCCCCGUCAAAUUAUAAAGCUAGAAAUCUACACACCAGGAAGUUGUUCUGGAAGGACUGGGAAGGCGUCCACUGUGACUUUAUGGGUCAGGAUAUUUCACAUAGAGCCUGAUGAUACUUGAUUUUUUAUGUUGAUAAUGGAGGAUUGUAAAAAAAAAAAAUCUGAUAGCAGCCUAUAAUUCAUUUUUUAAAUUAAAAAACAAACAUUUUUGAUAAUAGUAUCACUGAAAUUUGGUUGAGACCAAGAUAUGUACUGAAAAAAAGAUAAACAGUGCCCCCUGGUGGUACAAAAUGUAUCUGGCAAACAUAUUGUAUUAUAUGUAUGUAUAUUUCUGUACCGCAAUAUCCCACAUCACACAUAUGAAUGAUGUGUAUCUAAAAGGCUGAAACCACCCAUUCGUGGCAAAUAUUAUACUGUAAAUCCAUUUUACUUUAAAAUGACUGCUUAACAUGUUCAGGCUUCUGUAAACAAACAAGCGAGUUUAUGCCUGGCUUCCAUUAUUUUAGUGCUGCGAUAAUUAUUUUCAUUAUCGAUUAAUCUGCCGAUUAUUUUCUCAAUUAACGGACGAAUCGUUUUGUCUAUAAAAUGU